AUGAAUGUGAUCAUGAAACUUCGUAGAAGUUUCCGAACACUCGUAUUUCUCUUGGCCACCUUCUGUUUAGUGAGCAUAGUCAUUUCUGCUUAUUACUUGUAUACAGGUCACAAACAAGAAAUUGCCCUCACUGAUACUACAGGAGAAAUGGAGUGUGAAGAUCUGAAACUUUUGCCCUACAGAACCCUAGAACUUAAAACAGUGAAGCCAAUUGAUCCAACCAGGACUGAUGCUAUGGUGCUGCUUUUUGUGGAAAGCCAGUACUCUCAACUUGGUCAAGACAUCAUUGCCAUCAUGGAGUCUAGUCGGUUUCAGUAUCAUAUGGUGAUUGCAUCUGGGAAAGGGGAUAUUCCACCCCUGGCUGAUAAUGGCAAAGGGAAAUACAUCCUUGUAGUAUAUGAAAAUAUUUUGAAAUACACAUCCAUGGAUUCGUGGAACAGAGAACUCCUGGAAAAAUACUGUGUGGAAUACAGUGUUAGCAUAAUUGGUUUUCAUAAAGCCAAUGAGAAUAGUUUGUUAAGUACUCAGCUCAAAGGAUUCCCAUUACAUCUUUACAACAAUAUAGCUCUGCAGGAUUGCUUAGUAAACCCCCAGUCCCCUCUUUUGCGUAUAACCAAAGCCCCAAAGGUUAAAAAAGGCCCAUUACCUGGUGAUGACUGGACUGUUUUCCAGUAUAACCAUUCUACUUAUCAACCAGUGCUUUUAACAGAAUUUCAAGCUUCCAAACCAUUCCCAGCAUCACUUCCAAAGCUUAAUCUCUAUGCUACAGUGAUUCAGGACCUGGGACUUCAUGAUGGAAUUCAAAGAGUCCUUUUUGGAAACAACUUGAACUUUUGGCUGCACAAGCUUAUUUUUAUAGAUGCCAUCUCCUUCUUGACAGGAAAAAGGCUUACAUUAUCCUUGGACAGAUACAUUCUUGUUGACAUCGAUGACAUCUUUGUUGGAAAAGAAGGAACGAGGAUGAACGUAAAAGAUGUGAAGGCUUUACUGGAAACUCAAAUAUUACUACGCACUCAGGUUGCAAAUUUUACCUUCAACCUUGGAUUUUCAGGAAAGUUUUACCAUACAGGAACCGUUGAAGAAGAUGAAGGAGAUGAUUUAUUGUUGGGGUCUGUAGAUGAAUUCUGGUGGUUUCCUCACAUGUGGAGCCACAUGCAACCUCAUCUGUUCCAUAAUGAGUCAUCGCUAGUGGAGCAGAUGGUUCUGAACAAGGAAUUUGCACUAGAACAUGGUAUUCCAACUGACAUUGGCUACGCUGUGGCUCCACAUCAUUCUGGAGUCUAUCCAGUUCAUGUUCAGCUUUAUGAAGCUUGGAAGAAGGUCUGGGGUAUUAAAGUGACCAGCACCGAAGAAUACCCUCAUCUGAAACCUGCACGGUACAGACGGGGCUUCAUCCACAAUGGCAUCAUGGUACUCCCUCGACAGACAUGUGGACUUUUCACCCAUACAAUUUUUUACAAAGAGUAUCCUGGUGGCCCUCAAGAACUAGACAAAAGUAUCCAAGGAGGUGAACUGUUUCUUACCAUCCUUCUUAAUCCUAUCAGUAUCUUCAUGACCCACUUGUCUAACUAUGGGAAUGACCGACUGGGGUUAUACACAUUUGUCAACCUGGCCAGUUUUGUGCAAAGCUGGACCAACCUAAAGCUGCAGACACUACGUCCAAUUCAAUUGGCUCACAAAUAUUUUGAGCUCUUUCCAGAACAGAAGGAUCCACUCUGGCAGAAUCCAUGUGAUGACAGACGCCAUCGUGAUAUCUGGUCUAGAGACAAAACUUGUGGUCAUCUACCAAAAUUUCUUGUGAUCGGACCCCAAAAAACAGGAACAACAGCACUCUAUUUAUUUCUCCUUAUGAAUCCCUCCAUAAUUAGUAAUCUUCCUAACCCAAAAACCUUUGAGGAAGUUCAGUUCUUUAAUGGAAACAACUAUCAUAAGGGAAUUGAUUGGUAUAUGAAUUUUUUUCCUACCCCUUCAAAUAUCACCGCUGAUAUUCUGUUUGAGAAAAGCGCCAACUAUUUCCAUUCUGAAGAUGCUCCCAAACGUGCAGCGUCCUUGAUACCCAAAGCAAAAAUCAUCACCAUCCUCAUCAAUCCAUCUGACAGAGCAUAUUCGUGGUAUCAGCAUCAGCGUUCUCAUGAGGACUCUAUUGCUCUAAAGUUCAAUUUCUAUGAAGUAAUUACUUCGAAUGAUGGGGCACCAUCUGAAUUAAAGGGCCUACAGAAGAAAUGUUUGAUUCCUGGCUGGUAUGCUGUCCAUAUAGAAAGGUGGCUAAAAUAUUUUCCCUCUUCACAGUUAUUAAUUAUUGAUGGACAGCAAUUAAGAAGUGACCCAGCUACCGUGAUGGAUGGAGUUCAGAAGUUUCUGAGCGUUUCUCCUCAUUAUAACUAUUCUGAUGCGUUAACGUUUGAUCCUCAGAAAGGAUUUUGGUGCCAGCUGCUGGAUGGAGGAAAAAUAAAAUGUCUGGGGAAAAGUAAAGGCCGAAAAUAUCCUCCCAUGGAUCAAGAGUCUAGGGCAUUCCUUUCAAAUUACUACAGAGAUCACAAUGUGGAACUGUCCAAAUUGCUGCACAGACUGGGACAACCUUUGCCAUCUUGGCUAAGACAAGAGCUCCAGAAACUGAGAUAG